AUCUUCCCUCCGACAACCCGGGCCUUCGGCUUUGCUCCCCACAACACAUUCUCAGGCGUAUUUUAUUAUAAUUAUCCCCAUUGUCGUUUUUCUCAUCGUCACUCCCUCCCAAUCAAACUCCUACUUAGGGUUAGGGCUAGAAUUAGAGUUAGGGUUUCAAUCAUUCCUCCCAAUAUUCCCAUGUAAUGUAAUGUAAUGCAUCAAAAACCCCUAAUUCUUCCCUGCUACCAACAAUGUACGACACUAUGAACCAGAUCACCCCCGCCGAAGACAACGACGGCGCCGACUCCGUCGACAACCACCACAUUCAUUACAAUUCGCACGCCCUCGAAGACGGUAACGGCGGAGGGGGAGUCGAAGAUGUUUCCACCGAUUCCGUUUACGUUUCAGGCCCUGAAAUCUCUAUCCAAGAUUCUAGCCAACUGACGCUUUCGUUUCGUGGACAAGUUUAUGUCUUCGACGCCGUUACGCCCGAUAAGGUCCAAGCGGUGUUGUUACUGUUGGGAGGAAGUGAAUUAACUUCGAAUUCGCAAUGUGUGGAGAUGUCGCCUCAAAAUCAGAGGGGUGCAACGGAAUAUCCUGCAAGGUGUAGUCAACCGCAGCGAGCGGCGUCGUUAAGUAGGUUCCGACAGAAGAGGAAAGAGCGGUGCUUUGAUAAGAAAGUUAGAUAUAGUGUACGUCAAGAAGUUGCUCUCAGGAUGCAUCGAAAUAAGGGUCAAUUUACUUCAUCUAAGAAACAAGAUGGAGCUAAUGGUUGGGGUGCAGAUCAAGAGUCAGGGCAGGAUGGUGUUCCAUCAGAAACCUCAUGCACGCAUUGUGGAAUAAGUUCAAAAUCCACUCCAAUGAUGAGAAGGGGUCCAUCUGGUCCAAGGUCACUUUGCAACGCUUGUGGGCUUUUUUGGGCAAAUAGGGGCACUUUGAGAGAUCUUUCUAGGAGAAACCAGGAACACUCUCUUGCACCACCCGAGCAGGUUGGUGAGGGUAAUGACUUGGACUGUCGGACUGCUAACCCUGCACAUAACAAUCUUGUUAAUGAUAACACAGCUUUGGUAUCCGAUCAGUGAGGUUUCCAGCCGUAGAAAAUGUCUCAUUGGCUGUGACUUUCGCAGGUUUGUAGUAAUUCCAUUCAGUUUGACCUAUUAAAUGUACAGUUAUAGCAAAACUCUCUCAUCAAUACAAGAGGUCUAUUUGUAUACUCUCGGAUCAAUUGCAUUAACUGUAUGAGUGUAUUAAACUGGAAUCUGAAUGAUUACUCGAUCUCAUACAGUGGUCAGUGGUUUUAUUUUAACCUUUUGAAAAUGUGCACGACAGUAUGCAAUGAUUCUGGU